UGAGGCCCUGUCACGAAAACAAACAAACAAAUAAAUAAAUAUUUACUAAUUAUGUAACUUGGCACAAAUAACCUAACUUCUCCAUGCCCUUGUUUCCUCUUCUAUAAAACACAGGUGAUGAUUCACCCCUUGCCUAUUCUAUAAGGCUCAGAUGAGAUGCCAUGUGUCCAAUUUACUUCUAGCCCUAAAGUAGGUAUAAAUGUGAGUGACAGUAGUCAGCUGCCUGUUUUACAGCAUACCUGCAGCUACUCAGCUCUGAUUGACUUCAGUAAGAUAUACUUCAGGCUGUGGUCUAAUGGCUGGGAUGUGGCACUGGCUUCAGUAAGAUAUGUGACCUGGAUAGACAGUCUUGAUUUCCAAGACAUCUUACAUGAUUUACAAUCAAUAAAGACAAGAGCAAAGAUGUGUCCCCAAAAGAGGGAUUUUCAGAUUCCAGGAAAGACCCAAUGGAGUCCGCUAAGUGGUUAACGUGAACAAGUGAAUACUAAGGAAACCCAAGAUGAAGAUUGAACAGAAUCUUAAAAUGUCUGAGCUGGAAAGGGCCUUAUUAAUUGCCUUUUCACUUCAGAAAUGAAUAAAUCAUGAAAACUGAUAAAUAGCAUUUACUACACUCUCCCUUUGUCCUAGGCACGAUUACAUAUGUUAAAUUAUUUAUGUCUUACAUCUCAGAGAGGGGUACUGUUCCAACUUUACAGAAGGAUAAAAUCAAAACUAAUGCUCAGUAAAGUGCAAAGAACAAGAAUAGCAACAAAAAUAACUAUUUAUUCCAACAUGGGUUCUUUGCAUACAUUUAUUUCUUCAAUAAUAUUUAUUAAGAAGUAACUAAAUCCAAGAAUUAUUUUAGAUACUGAACAGGAGAGAACAAAAUCUCUACUUUGAUGGAACUUCCAUUCUGUGGGGAAGAGAUUGACAAUAAGCAAUUAAAUAAAUAAGAACUCAGCAGUAGGCCUUGCCUCAGAUCCAAGGUCACUCGGAAGAGGCCAUGUCUACCCUCAAUGACACUCAUGGAGGAAAUGCUGAGAGAAGCAUUCAGAUGCAUGACACAAGGUAAGAUUGCCAAAAAUCUUGUUCUUGCUCUCCUCACUUUGUUAUUUGUUUUAUUUUUAGGAGUUUUGAGAGCAAAAUGACAACACCCAGAAAUUCAGUAAACGGGACUUUCCCGGCAGAGCCAAUGAAAGGCCCUAUUGCUAUGCAACCUGGUCCAAAACCACUCUUCAGGAAGAUGUCUUCACUGGUGGGCCCCACGCAAAGCUUCUUCAUGAGGGAAUCUAAGGCUUUGGGGGCUGUCCAGAUUAUGAAUGGACUCUUCCACAUUGCCCUGGGGGGUCUUCUGAUGAUCCCAGCAGGGAUCUAUGCACCCAUCUGUGUGACUGUGUGGUACCCUCUCUGGGGAGGCAUUAUGUAUAUUAUUUCCGGAUCACUCCUGGCAGCAACGGAGAAAAACUCCAGGAAGUGUUUGGUCAAAGGAAAAAUGAUAAUGAAUUCAUUGAGCCUAUUUGCUGCCAUUUCUGGAAUGAUUCUUUCAAUCAUGGACAUACUUAAUAUUAAAAUUUCCCAUUUUUUAAAAAUGGAGAGUCUGAAUUUUAUUAGAGCUCACACACCAUAUAUUAACAUAUACAACUGUGAACCAGCUAAUCCCUCUGAGAAAAACUCUCCAUCUACCCAAUACUGUUACACCAUACAAUCUCUGUUCUUGGGCAUUUUGUCAGUGAUGCUGAUCUUUGCCUUCUUCCAGGAACUUGUAAUAGCUGGCAUCGUUGAGAAUGAAUGGAAAAGAACGUGCUCCAGACCCAAAUCUAACAUAGUUCUCCUGUCAGCUGAAGAAAAAAAAGAACAGACCAUUGAAAUAAAAGAAGAAGCGGUUGGGCUAACUGAAACCUCUUCCCAACCAAAGAAUGAAGAAGAUAUUGAAAUUAUUCCAAUCCAAGAAGAGGAAGAAGAAGAAACAGAGACGAACUUUCCAGAACCCCCCCAAGAUCAGGAAUCCUCACCAAUAGAAAAUGACAGCUCUCCUUAAGUGAUUUCUUCUAUUUUCUGUUUCCUUUUUUAAACAUUAGUGUUCAUAGCUUCCAAGAGACAUGCUGACUUUCAUUUCUUGAGGUACUCUGCACAUACGCAACACAUCUCUAUCUGGCCUUUGCAUGGAGUGACCAUAGAUAGCUCCUUCUCUCUUACAUUGAAUGUAGAGAAUAUAGCCGUUGUAGCAGCUUGUGUUGUCAUGAUUCUUCUUUUAAGCAACUUUCUUACAUUGAAGAAAGGCAGAAUGAGUGCUUCAGAAUGUGAUUUCCUACUAACCUGUUCCUUGGAUAGGCUUUUUAGUAUAGUAUUUUUUUUUCAUUUUCUCCAUCAGCAACCAGGGAGACUGCACCUGAUGGAAAAGAUAUAUGACUGCUUCAUGACAUUCCUAAACUAUCUUUUUUUUUUCCACAUCUACGUUUUUGGUGGAGUCCCUUUUGCAUCACUGUUUUAAGGACGAUUUAAAAAAUAACAACUAGGGACAAUAUAGAACCCAUUCCAUUUAUCUUUCUACAGGGCUGACAUUGUGGCACAUUCUUAGAGUUACCACACCCCAUGAGGGAAGCUCUAAAUGGCCAACACCCAUCUGUUUUUUGUAAAAACAGCAUAGCUUAUACAUGGACAUGUCUCUGCCUUAACUUUUCCUAACUCCCACUCUAGGCUAUUGUUUGCAUGUCUACCUACUUUUAGCCUUUAUGCAAGAAAAGAAAAAAAUGACCAUAGAAAAUGCCACAAUGAGGUGCCCAAAUUUCAAAUAAUAAUCAACAUUUAGUUGUAUUUAUAAUUUCCAGAUGACAAAGUAUUUUAUCAAAUAACUUCAUUUGAUGUUCCAUGAUCAAGAAAGAAUCCCUAUCUCUAUUUUACAAGUAAUUCAAGGAGGCCCAAUAACUUGUAAACAAGAAAAGGUAACUUGUCAACAGUCAUAACUAAUAAUUGUGAGAGCCUUGUUUCAUAACCAGGUCUUCUUAUUCAAAUCCUGUGAUGCUUGAAAUAACCAAAUUGUCUCUCCAAUGUCUGCAUAAACUGUGAGCGCCAAGUCAACAGCUUUUAUCAAGAAUUUACUCUCUGACCAGCACUAAACAAGCACUGAGAGACACAGAGAGUCAGAAUCAGAUUUUACCCAUGGGGAUAAAGACUCAGACUUUCACCACAUUUGGAAAACUACUUGCAUCAUAAAUAUAUAAUAACUGGUAGUUUAUAUAAAGCAGACAUUAAGUGCUAUAGACAUUCUCAGAAUAUCAUACUUGGAAACAAUGUAAUUAAAAUGCCAAAUCUGAAUCAAUAGCUUCCCUACUUUUCAUUUCAGAUAUACUAGUACCUUACCUAGAGAUAAUGUUAACCUAGGGUGAAGUCACUAUAAUCUGUAGUCUAUUAUUUGGGCAUUUGCUACAUGAUGAGUGCUGCCAGAUUGUGGCAGGUAAAGAGACAAUGUAAUUUGCACUCCCUAUGGUAUUUCUACAUUUUUAGCGACCACUAGUGGAAGACAUUCCCCAAAAUUAGAAAAAAAUAAGAUAGAACAUUUCUGUCUAUGUAAAGUUCUCAAAAUUUGUUCUAAAUUAAUAAAACUAUCUUUGUGUUCUUUUCUGCAGCAGAUGAUUUCAACAUGGGUGUUUGUCCAUUCUUCUUUACUCUUGAAACAUUAGACCAUGGGAGGCUCUUACAGCCUUGAGUUGAUAUUUAUAUAACCCCAAUCUAGGUUUGAACUGUGAGGUGUCAGGUCAUCAAAUAUUCAUGCCUAUAUAGUCUUACACAGGUUCUCAAAAAAAAUGUUCAUGGGAUAGAUCAUUGAUAAUGGAUUCCUUAUUCUCAGAACUCCAGACGACUGAAAUAUAUGAGAGAAGAAGGAAAAGGACAUGGUAGGGGCAGGCCUGAGAAAAAAAUGAAAGUCAGAAAUCUUUAAAAAAAUACAAGAUCUUAUUUCUAUCUUAUUUUUUCUCCUCUUCUGAAACAUAUAUGAGGAUUCCUCUCCAAACCCAUGGUUUCUCUAAGAAUUUUCAGUCAUUUGUAUGACCUCAAAUAAUUAGUUUUAGCUGACCUCACGUAACUCCUUAUAAUAGGAGACAUCUUUAAUGUCUGCUAUUAAAGAAGAAUGAAAAUUCUUAUGACCUUCUCCCCGAUUAUCCCUUUGGCAAUAUAGAGUCAAAUAAUAACAUUGGCCAAUAGUAAACAUGCUUUGCCAAGAAGUGGAAGAUUAUUCUCUAGCCUUAGUUUUUCCUCCCAAUUUGCGUUUUUGUAAAAAUAAUGUUGUAUCCACAAAGGAAAUAAACUUUAAAAACCCAAUUGCACUCAUUGA